AUGUCUUCUCCGGCGCGUUCGACGCGCUCGAGUCGCGCUUCGACACCAGCAGAUGAUAGCUCUUCUAUCGUAUCAAUGGCUCUCGAAUCGCCUGGAACUAGGAUGAGAAAGCUUAUGGCUGCUUUUGACGAAGAAUCUGACGAUGACGCUGGCGUUCCUGUCAAGCCUACAACGAGACCAACUCUCACGGCACAAUCAGCAAGCACGACGCGUACCAUUAACGCGUCAAUUGAUAAUGAUGACGAUCAAAGCGAAGAGGAGGAUGAACCUGUUUUCAGGCCGAGAGGCAAAUUGGCAGCUAGAAUGGGAGGAGCGGCCCCUCCAGUUCAGGAAGAGUCGUCUUCAGAAGACGAGGAUGUCUACCAAAAGAUCAAAAGAGACCUUAUGGCUUCGAAAAAGGCUCCUUCUGCCGAUAAGUCUCCCAUCGAAACUACAAGAUCGAUCGAGACUGCUCGUGCGGAAACACCUCAGCUCAGCCCUCCUCGCAGGAGACUUGUGAACCGAGCCUCCACUCCAGCAACUUCUACUAGAUCAGAAAGUCCUGGCUUAUUCAUGUCGCCAGCUCCCGAACAGAGACGAUCCGUCGACGACAACUCGAACCACUCAGGAGACUCGGACUCGGAUCUUCCUACAGACCCAUCGGCACCUUCUCGACUUCGCGAUCUCGUCAACCGUCGCCGUGCAGAAAGAUUGGCCAGAGAGCAGGCAGAAAGAGAAGCAGCGGAAGAACGUGCCACCACCGGCCAAGCUCCUCUAUCAGACUUAUUCAACGACGAGGAUACAAGAGAUGAAGCCACCGAACGACGACUCACCCAAUCUGCAAGACCUACACGCAAAGCUAGUAAGAAGGCUUUGGAAGAGAUGAACAGGGAGACACAGAGGAUCAAGAGGAACAUGCAAUUGACACAUCAAGCCAAGGUCAAGAAGCGAUUCACACCACAAGACUUCCUGUCUGCUUUCAACCGUCCCAAGACUUCUUCUGGCCUUGCGAAUGUCACAAACGCUGCAGAUGUCACAUCUUCCUCUCCUCCACCAGAACCCUUCUCGGAGACUGGCGCAGACAAGGACCGCGAUACGCCACCGUCGAGCCCUCCCGGCAUCGACGACUCUUUGAAGACCGUUUCCGCGCACUCUGCUGCAAACACGGCAUUCAUUGAAGAAUCUGAUGAAGAGUUGCCGUCUCCUCAGGAAGUUCUCACUCAACCCAGGGAGGCAAUCGACAAAGGGAAGGCUCCUAUGACCAAGGCACCUACCGAUCAGAAGUCGAUACCGAUCCGCAAGGUCCGCGUCAAGAUCCCUACCCACAGCAAACUCAUUAAAUCUAAGGAAGACGAUGACGAUGAUCUUGAAAUCGUCCACGAUCCUCUUGCCAUGUUCAAUCAAGUCCCCAAGGCUCAAACUCCUGAGGGCAGGACCAUGCUGAUGCUUCGACACCUUGCCCAGCUGACUGGCAACGGCGACAGAAUUCGCAGCAAGAAAGGACAGAAGCCAUCUAUCUCACCUCAACAACUCGAGAUCCAACUCCGUCAACGCGCUCGUGAGAUCGCAAAUCAAGAACGUGCUGCGAGACUUGCUGAGUUGCGUGCCAAGGGCAUUGUCAUCUUGACCGAGGAAGAGCGAGAAAGAGAGCAGAUGCAAAUCGAAGACAUGCUAGGCAAGGCAAGAGAAGAGGCCGAAAAAUUGCGCAAGCAAGAGAAAGCUACUGCCAAAGCUAAUGGAGAAGAUGUUGCUAUCAGCUCGGAUGAGAGUGAAGAUGAGGACUAUGUUGGCAGCGACGAAGAAGGCAAGGCUCCAGCAGAAGAGGAUGAAGAGGAGGAGGAAGAGGAUAUCGAACUCUCAGGUUCUGAGGAGGAAGACACUGGCGACCACGACAUGAUUGAUGCCGAGGCUGGCGAAGAAGAUCAGGACGACCUUGAAGAGACCGAGGAACAGGCUGAAGUCGAAACACCAGAAGACGACGAAUCUCAACUGCCCAAAUCUAGAAGAGCACGCAGGAAACAUGUCAUCGAGGACGAUGAGGACGAAGAUGAACCUACGACCCAGCGUCCAACGGGUGACGGUAUCAAUGAUGAGCUUGCUGCUGCAUUUGGCUUCGGACAGACACCUUCUGCUCCCUUGGACAUGUCACAGAUGUUCGCCGGAACCAUGGAAGACACUCAAGCCUCUGGCAUGAUCUCACAGGAUCAGGAUUCUUUCGAGAUGCUCCGCAAUAUUCCUACCUCUGCACCGAUGCCUUCGCUACCCCUCUUUGAGGAUUCUCAGGAUGCUGUGGCGGACAGUCAAGUCGAUGCGACUCAGGCUCAGGCCAACGAGCCUACUCAGCAGAUGGAUCUCCGAUUCCCUCAGCCUUCUGUAGACUCGCCUGCAGUCCAACAAAUGUCGCAGCUCUCUCAGAUUCCAGACCCAUCUCAGGAUGUUGGCUUCGACCCUAACCUUACCCCUCUUGCUGACCGAUUGCGUGCACCUUCGUCUACUGUCGAGACAGUCAUGCUCGGUGUGCCGGAAUCUCCAAUCGUGCAGCGUCGUGGUCGUUUGGUCAGACGAUCCGAAAUCGACCAGGAGGAGGAUGAAGAGGCAGUGCCGUCAUCUGCACCUGCUGCCGUCGAGAAACCGUCUGAUGCCUUCAGCGUCAUGCGUCAAGCAGCGAAGAAACCCGCUCAACCUGAAUUUGACAAGCAAAAGAGUAAUGCCAAGGGCAUGGUUGAUGAGCAAGCCGAGGAAUCAGAGGACGAAUACCACGGUCUUGGAGGUGCCAGUGACGACGAAGAUGCAGGCUCUGGUGACGAAGACGACAAGCAAAUGAUUGAUGAAACCGAUGUCAAGGUCGAUGAGCGUCAACUAGCAGCUCUUUACGCCGAGAAGUCGCGCGUUCAAGAUGAGGCUCAGACGAGCAAGUUGUACAAGGAUCUCAUGUCUGGUGCUUUGCGACGCAAACGCGGAAACAAUGCUUUCGAACUCGACUCGGAUGAAGAUGAUCAGUUGGUCGAAAGAAGACGCCGCAGGCAACGCGAAGAAGCUCGCAAGCGCAAACUUCUGCUUCAAGACGAGACAUUGGGUAAACUUGGCAGCAACGACAAGAAAGAAGCCUUCCUCCGCGCUAUCGAAGACAGAGAUGAAGCCAACGAUGUUGACUUCCUGGAUGGCCUCGAUGUUGAUGACGAUGCUGAGAUGGUCGACUCACAACAACAACCUUCUGCAUCUCAACCUACUGCUUCCCAAGCAGGCAACGAAGAACAGUCUAAUGCCUUGAAACGACCAGCUGAUGUCCUGGAGCCCAGCCAGUCAUCGCAACAAGAACAGCCUUUGCAAAAGAAAAAGUCCGUCGCAGCGUCUUCUCUCCGCCGCUCCGGCCUCAGCGACACCUUCCGCAAACCCAAAUCAUUGGCUGAAGUCCGCGAUUCGUUGUCUUUCCUCAUUGACGAUCCGUCGAACGAAGAGCUGGCUUCUGAAAUCUUACUGUCUUCAGACGAAGAAAGAGAAGUCCGCGCCAAAUCUUCUGAGCCCAGAGCUCCCGCCUCCGCUCGCAGAGUCCCCGCCAAGGACUCCAUCAUCGACCGCCUAACCCUCAAGAAACAAGCCUCGUCCAUUGCCGAAACUGCGGACUCGAACCUCGCAUUCACAUCCCUCUCCCAAAACUCCAGAGGCAGCAUCUCCUUCAAACCAGCAUCUCUGCUCCGCAAAGCCACCGUCAACAAUACCUCGUUCACUGAAAACAGACCUCCUCCUGCUUUGAACAGGGAAAGUAGUAGUGGGAUCAGAAAUGGAGGGUCGAAGAAGAGCAGUAUCAAUUACCAAGCCAGAGAGGCGGAGAGACAGGAGAUUGUGCAGAAGGCGGCGAAGAGGAGGGAAGAGAAUGUUAGGAAGAUUGCGGGUUUGAGACGCAAGGCUGGGGGUGCGCUUGGUGCUUUGGGAAGGGUUGGUGGUGGAUUUGAGUAG